AAAAAUUUGGUUUGAAAAAAAAAGGGGACUUCUACUACAUCUGUCUACAAGUUUAGCAUAGUUGAAUUUGCGCAAGCGUUUGUCGCGCCAGUCGAGUGUCGACUAUCCUUGUCGCAUCUAAACAUGGCAGGUCGUGGUGGUUAUGAAGAUUCCAGGGAUGGAGGUCGCCGUGGUCGAAAAGCAACGCCAACGGAACCCCCAUUUAAAGCUUAUGUUGGAAAUUUACCAAAUGGUAUUGUUCAAGGCGAUAUUAACAAAAUAUUUCAGGAUCUACAGGUGAAAAAUGUUCGACUUGUUAUGGAUCGGAAUACAGAUAAAUUUAAAGGAUUCUGUUACGUUGAAUUUGAAACAAAAACAGAUUUAGAACAUGCAUUAGCAUUAGAUGGAGUUAUGAAUGUGGAAGGACAUAUUAUAAAAGUUGAUAUAGCUGAAGAAAAACGUAAUGAUCGAGGUGGUGGCUUUGAUAGGAGAGGUAAUCGUGGCGGCACCGGUGGUUUUCGGGGUAAUAAUCGCGGAGGGGGUGGUGGUUACGGUGGUGAUGAUUUCGGUAGUGAGAACUUUGAUCGUAGAGGACCUCGAGGGGGUGGAUUUAAUGAUAGAGAUCAAAGAAGUGGAAAUCGGGGCAAUUACGGAAAUUUUGGUAAUGAUGAUGGUGGCAGAGAUUGGAAUCGUGGUGCUGGUGGACGAAGUGGUGGCGGAGCUGGUGGGGGAUCCGGCGGUGGCUAUGGCUCCGGUGGUGGUGGUGGUGGUGGAGGAGGUGGCGGUCCAAGGCCACGUCCAGAACAAAGAGAUCGAAGAGGUCCUAGUGAAUCGGGUGGUUUUUCUGAAGAGUUACCACCAUCGAAUCCAGACACAACUGGAAGACCAAAAUUAAAGUUGAAGCCCAGAACAAAUCCUGAACCUGUGAAUACGUUAGCUGAAACAAGUCAGGCAUCUGCUAUAUUUGGGGGUGCAAAGCCCCGAGAAGAAAAAAUAGAAAAAUAAAUAUUUUAUUUGAUGCAUAAAAAAUUAUUAUAUAACUAUCGUUUUCUACCUUUUAUCCACAAAACACAAAAACAAAAAACAAAAAAAAAAAACACCUUAAAAAUUUACAAAAGAAAAAAAUAAUAAAUAAAAUUGUUGUAUUUAAAAAAAAAGAAAAUUCGUGAAAUCCCCUUUUUUCACAUUCACUCACAAGCCCCAACAUUCGUAAUUUUUUGUUUGUUGAAAAAUAACUAUUAAGAUUAUUUAUAUUUUGA